AUGCAAUCCACGUGUCACCAGAACCGCUGCCGUCACCUUCGGUCGGAUUUAGCUCUCAUAUGGUCCUCACCUAGAGAUGCACGCAACUCCUCUGACCCGCCGGCAAAACGACGUCGUUUCCUCUUAACCGGUGUGUCGGUCAGCUUAAGACGAGUUGCGGGUGAUGAUGGAAAAAAAAUAUCGGGAAGCGGUCAUGUCCACAGAAAUCCCGAGGCGAGGGAAGAAGGGUAA